AUGGAAAAGCAAAUGCUGAUGUCAGCCGUACUUCGUUAUUUUCGCACUGUUGUCUUACUGCUGCUGGUCAUCUGUGGCUGCCCGGUGGUUAGAUCUUCUCUGGCUGCCUCCAAUGCGCUGCACAAACUGGGCGACUUCACUUACCCCUAUGGCAGCAUCUUCUCCCCGCUGCUCAAAGCCCUGUCAGAGCACGGAGGGCCGAGGUGGAACCCAGGCCUGAAGAAGAAAAUGAAACCCGAGCACAGGUACAUGAAAUAUCUGACCGAGGUUUUCAAGAAGUCCUCCAGAGUGCAGAGGAGUUUGGACGGGGAUAAAAUCUACAACACUGUCCGACUGAUCAAGCCACAAGAUGAAUGUCUUGCACAAAGUAAUAAAGAAAGUUUUAUGCAGGAUCUUUCCUACAGUCUUGAUCAAGUGAGAAGAAAAGAACAGCUUCUAAAGUCGGCUCUGCUGUACAAUUCUGAACACGACCGUGCAGCACCCAUGAACUCUGUGUGUUACCUGAGUAUCAAGGAGCGGGAGCAGUCAAACCAGUGUCAGCUGUGUCCUGUAGUCUACCAGGCUGUGAACUUCACAGCCGACUCUGAUGGGAGGAGCAGGAGGAACUGGGUGGAGGUUGAUGUCACCUCAUUUGUCCAGCCUCUCUUAAAGUUUCAGAAGAAGAAUAUACACCUGCUCAUCAACAUCACCUGCCCAGAGGAAAAAGGGGCCAGGGGCUCUGGACCUAAAGGCCCUUUGGAAUUCACCCUGAGGCCCCCUCCUCUGCUUCUUUAUCUCAAUGACACCAGCAAAAUCACCCACCAGAGGUCACUGGUCAAUGCCAAACUGGGUGAAAGGCCAGGCACUGCAGCAAACACAUUUCACAAGCAGAUGGUGCUCAAACCAGAACAGAGGUUUGGGCGCAAGAGGAGAUGGAAGAGGGAAUCUCCAAAGAGCAAACGCGGUGAUAAAAGCCUGGAUACCCACCUGCCUGAGCUUCUCCCGAGCUCUGAAUUCCCGACAAGUGACUGUGCCUUGUAUGAUUUUAGGGUGCGAUUCAGCCAGCUCAAACUGGAUCACUGGAUUGUUUUUCCUCCAAAGUACAACCCCAGGUACUGCAGAGGCAUCUGCCCGAGGACCAUGGGCUUCAUCUAUGGUUCACCUGUUCACACCAUGGUGCAAAACAUCAUCUAUGAGAAGCUUGACUCCUCUGUGCCCAGGCCCUCGUGUAUUCCCUCCCACUACAGUCCCCUGAGUGUCAUGAUCUUUGAAGAGGAUGGAUCCUAUGUCUACAAGGAGUUUGAAGACAUGGUCGCCACCAGGUGCACAUGUCGCUAAACCAGCUACCAACAUAUAUUUGUUUUUUUCCCUCUCUUACAGGCUGGAUAGAACAUCACCACAAAGCCCCUCAACAGUCAUCACAGGUGGACUCUACC